UCAACUUGUGGUCGCGAGCGCAGGAAGCAGCUGACACACAUACACACACGCGCGCGCGCGCGCGACACGAGGACAAGAAAGAGCGAAGUUUGACGCAGAGUUGGCGAACUUAAUUCCCGAGCAGUACGUGUUUUUAGUUGUUGUUGUUCUUGUUUGGACCCGGUGUGAUGUCACUCCGGCGGGCCGGGCCGGUUCUCCUCCUGUGUGCGGCGGCGUUGUUGUCGGUGUCGCGCGCUCGCAGGAGUUCAGCGGAGCAGGAGGACGCGGAGGAGAAAAUCCGCAGCGCCAGAUGUACGUCCAGGUGUCUGACUCUGCACAUGACUCAGCUCACCGCCGCCUUCAGGCACCUCCAGAGUGACCAAGUUCUGGUUUGGUGUGACAACCACAGACGCUGUGCACAGUGCCUUCAGCCAUGCAAAGAACUGUGGGAAACAAACAAGGUGUCAUCACCAAAGUCCUGUGAGAAGCAGACAGAGUGUUUGACCAGCAGGGAGUUCCUGACCUCUUUGAGGAUGUCCCGUCAGGGUGAUUGCCCUCCGCCCCAGCGAGCCACCGGAUUUGCUGCAGCCUGCGUAGAGAGCUGUUCAUCAGACCAGCAUUGCUCCGCUCCACGGAAAUGCUGCUCCAACGGCUGUGGAGACACUUGCCAGAUCCCGACCAACUUAUAUAAAGGUGUACCUCUGAAGCCUCGCAGAGAGAUGAGUUUUGUGGAGGAUCCAGAAGGUCAAGUUAAGGUGUUUUGGGUGUCAAAGUUCAAUGUCAGCGUGGAGCCAGUUGUUUAUAUGUUCCAGGCCCGCUGGAACACUGGAAUUCACCCCAGUGAAGAUCACGCUUCUCCAUGGAUGACUCUUGCCAUGACUCUUUCUGAAGAUGUGGUUCUGUCAGAUCUAAGAUCUCAACGUUGGUACCAGUUCAGAGUAGCAGCCAUCAAUAGUCAUGGCACCAGAGGCUUCACCACACCAAGCAAACACUACAUCUCCAGCAAAGACCCCGCACCUCCAGAAGUGCCAGUAAAUAUCAGAGUCAGCAACCAGACUCUUGACUGGAUGGGUUCACUACCAGGGUCCCAAUUUUCAGAAUGGUCAGUAAACGGGGUCACCGUGGCGGUCUUGUUACGCUGGGAGCCCCCCAGGGAAGGCGACCUGCCAGUCCACAACUACAGAUUGAGCUUGAGCCCCCGAAAUUCACACACAGCGCACAAACAACUGCAUUCACUACGUAAACUCACACACGUGCACAACCACAUGCACGUACGACGUCCACACUCACGCACAUCGGAACAGGGCAGAAAGGAUGUCGGCAGCAGAGUGACUCAGGGGGCACAGUGUGAGCUGUGGCUGCAGGGUCUGCUGCCUGCAACCUCCUACGCCCUCUCUAUCCAGACGGUGGCCUACUGGGGUCAGAAGAGACUAAAGAGUCCCAAAGUACAAUUCGUUUUCACCACCAUUUCACAUACAGGAGAAGAUUUCUCCAAUGAGCUCCCUUCCUCCUCUUCCUCUUCCUCCUCUGCCCCUUCUUCUUCUGAUGCUACCCUUUCAUCCUCCUCCUCUCUCCCUCACCCGGAGUCCCCCCUGAACCCCGUAAAGCCCGAUAACCUGCGCCUGGAGGUCGCCGCUCCUCAUUAUCAUGACAAUCAGCUGCAAGUCAAAGUCUUCUGGAAGUGGCUGUACCAGACUCGGCAGAGACAACCUGGUUUGUAUGUCUUACGGUGGCGUCCUUAUUCCUGCACGUCUAAUGUCACGAACACAGAGAGAAAAACCAGCGUGCAGGGAACCCAUCACACCAUCACAGACUUGCUGUUUGCCUGUAAGUACCGGGUUGCCAUUGCAUUGAAGAGUGACCCAUCAUCAGAGGCUGUUGCUUGGGUUAUGACCCCAGCUUGCUCAUCUGUCAGAGUCAGAGCAGGCAAACCUUUACCCUGCAACACUGAGGAUGAGACAUCAGAGCGCCUCCUGACAGGCAGAAAGGUGAUACUGCGCCCCGAGAGGCUGACCGCAGACUUUCAACAAAUCAACGGGAGCCUGCUGGCUUCAUUUCGCUGGAGGAUGUCCCAGCAUGAAGCAGACCCCGCAGCCGUGGAAGGAUUCCAGUUCACCUGGACGCUCCAGUCAGGAGUUACAGCGGCAAAAGAAGAGCAGGAAGACACGCUCAUCUCUCAGACACAGACAAUCGCACCGUCCCAGAGGUCAGUGACAGUUCUUGGUCUCCAGGCUGACAGUAUCUACCAAAUCCAGCUCCAGGUGCUAACAGCAGGGGGCAGCAGCGGUGCCGCAGUCUUCAGAACUGUGCACACACCUGCUAUUAAUGCUACACUUUUAUAGGACAAAUAUCGACAGCUGAGACAUUCGCCUCCAAACCUGCCCUCGUCCCCUAUGUUCACUUCAUAGCCUCAAAAACACACCUCAGUGUGAAAAAUGUGACAUAAGCUGUAUGACUUUUUAAAAAUAUCUUCUGAUGUACAUGAGUGCGUUUCUGUUGUUCGUCAGUGGGGAAACCAUAUCGGAGGCAGCAACCGCAAACUAAAAUAUCAGGUUAAUAUUCAGUGUUCUGAUGGAAUAAAACUCCCAAUAUAUAUCAGUCAAAAAGCAGGAAACAAGCUGUUUUCAUGAAUGAAUUUGAAGAGGUGUACUUUAAAAUUUCACUUGAAUCAGCUUUAUUUCCAUCAGUCAUCUGUUGCUUCCAACAAUAUAGUUUUUUCCCUCAUGUGUUUAUUGCAUUACACAAACAAUUAUGAGACAAUGUUUCACAUAACUUAGUGUCAUAAGGUGUCAGUGCCAGAAACUCAGAAUUUUCUUUAAAUAGUUUUUUUUUUUUUUUGCCAGAACAUUUUAAGACUUUUCUCUGGUUGCCAAUAAUGGCUACAACACUUCCAACAAUAGAUAAUUAGACUUCCAUCAUAAUAAAUGCA